AGACGAGAGGCAAGACUAUCAUCACGCUUGCUGUCGAUGAUAAUUGUAAAUUGACUUAACAACCUGUCCUAUGUUGCACAGAUGAUUCUCAUCCCUUGCGCUCCUUUUGAUGACUUCCCUGGCGUGCUGAGAUCCCUUUCAUAAUUAUCAAUCACAUCCUGUAGACGCUGUAUGGUAUUCCUGCGGUUUCAUUGGCUCUGAUCCAUCUCAGUGGGUCAGACGGACCACCGCUUAUCAGCUCAGUGGCUGUAUUAACUACGGGUGACGUCAGCUCCUGUGUGUUAAGCAGAAGGGCACAGCCAUCCUUCUUCAGAGGUACAUCACUAAGCUGAUAUGGUGCGCUCGCUGACAAACUGUGCCUGAAUCUGUGGCUAUAUUUAGCUCUGCCUGUUUGGUUUUAGGGGCAGAUUAACGUGAAGAGAUGAAAAUGGGAGCGAGGGAUAUCCGUAACGCUCCAAUGAUGGAAUUUAUGGAGGAACCUGCAGCCUGUGAUGGAAGCUAAAGGUUUAUCUGGAUGGUUGUAGCUCGUUUCAGGUGGAUCGGUUCUCUGUGGAUAGACAGUCAAGAGUGAGUUUGUCCCCUGAGGGUGACUGAGGGAGUGAAAGCAAGGCAUUCUGGGAUUCCAAGCCCCUGCCCUGGAUGAGUCUCCGCCAGCAUCAGCAGAGGAAGAUUUUGCUCAAUGUUGCCUCUUUAUACCCCGAUGCUCAGCUCCAGUGAAAUCAUGAGUGAAUAACAGGGGUGGCCGAGGUCAAGGGGUGGGGCAGUUCUGUGUGGGAGGAGUCAGGAAGGUUCUGUAAGUGAUGACCAGCCUCUUUCGACGAGGUAACGCGAACGGUAAACAUGGCAACAGUACGCAGGGUGGCGAUGUUGCCUCGUCUGAGCUUAACAACAGUAGGCCUCCCCGUCAAGUCAGACGCCUCGAAUUUACCCAAGCUAUGGAUGACUUUAAGACUAUGUUUCCCGGCAUGCAGCAUGAAGUUAUCGAAUGCGUGUUGAGGGCCAACAAUGGUGCCGUGGACUCCACAAUUGACCAGCUCCUGCAGAUGAGCCUGGACAGCCAGACCACCGAUGACAGCUCGGAUUCAGAGGAUAGCACUCCUGCAGAGAUCCUGGAAAGAAGGUUAGAGGCAGACAGCUCAGAUGAGGAGCCUCCACCUGUCUAUCCCCCACCCUCCUAUGACAUGCACAUCUAUGAUAGAAAACAUCCCGCUGAUGUACCAUCCACCCCACCUCCCAGGUUCAAUGAUCGCCCUCCUUCAGGGCAUCAGCAUGUUGGAGGAUACAGGAACUGGAAUCCACCGUUGCUAGGCAACCUCCCCGAUGACUUCCUGCGGAUUCUGCCUCAGCAGUCAGAAUGUCUUCAGCGAUCUCAAAGUGGUCUCUCCCAGCCUUCGUCUUCCUCUUCAUCCUCCCUGUCAUCUCUAACGCAGCUCUCAUCCAGCAGCAUAGUCCCUUCGGGUGGCACUUGGUCAUCUGACCCAGACCGAAAGUUGAAGCAGUACUUGGAAGAUGAACGAAUUGCCCUUUUCCUGCAAAAUCAGGAGUUCAUGAAAGAACUACAGCGUAACAGAGACUUUCUCAUAGCUCUGGAGAUAGAUCGUCAGACGUGUGAGAAAACACAGUGCGGUCACUCGUCUGUUUGCGAGGAGAACUCCACUGAAGGUGAUAACUGCGCUUCUGGCUCUGAAGAGGUCUGCUCAUCUGGCACUGAUGAUGCCUUAUUCAUGGAGAAACUCAAGCACAUGGGCAAAUCUACAAGAAAGAAGCUUUUUGAGAUUGCUAGAUCUUUCUCUGACAAGACAAGAAAGAAGAAGUUCAAGAAGAAAGCUCUGUCCAAACACCAUUCCCUGGGCUCUGCCACCUCCACCGUUAAUCUGCUGGAAGAUCUAGAAGGACCUCCACCAGCAGAGAAUGACAGCCAACGCAAAAGGCUAUCGGGAAGAGAUGAAGGGGAGGGGUCAAAUAAGGCAGUGACAUCAUGAUCCUGGCUCUCUUUGACCAUUUCAACAGCCCUAAAAUUGAAAGCAUCAUCAAGAUGAAGAUUUCACCCAUUAGUGUCAUGCAAUGCUUAAAUCACCCGAGCCAUUACUGUAUGUAAUAUUCUCAUUCAACAGUCUCUCGUUCAAUGUCUGACUGCCAUGCCGUGGGAUUCAGGACUCAAAAAACCAUAAGCACAAAACCUCAUCAUCACUCAGCUAGAUGUUAUCUCAGGAUUAUGAUCAUAGUUUUAGUAAUUGCUCUCUCCACUUAUACACAAAAAAACUUAUUUACCAACCCACAAUCGUAUUUAAUAGGUAAUGUUACAUUGAUAUCAGCUGUUGAUUAAAGUAGCUAUCAAAUUUAGUUAGUGUAUGUUUUCAACCCACCCAGAAUGUAAAAUCAUCCUCAACAUGUUUUAGAUUUCAUUUUAGAAGUCAUUAAUGAAGGAAAACUCAUCAAAAGGAUUUGAAGUAGUUUUGUGUAGCCAGCUUUUAUUUGCUGACUGUUUUCUGGUGGUUGUUUGUAUUUACACUGGGACAGUAAAUUUAUCUGAUGUUUAUCAGCUCUUUCUAAUUUUUCUUUUUCGUGAUGUGGAUUUUCAAGAGGAUUUGUUAAUAAAUUAGGCUAUUACGAAAUGUUUGCCUGUGUAACUGUUCACACAAAAUUAAAAUCCUGCCAUUAUUUACUCAU